AUGGAGGUACAAAGGGGCGAUCUCAAUCGUCUUAUUAUGAACUACUUUGUCACAGAAGGAUACAAAGAGGCUGCGGAAAAAUUUCAAAUAGAAAGUGGUACACCAAUUCCUAUACUUUCGUCCGAUAGCUUAGAGAAAAGAAUGAAAAUCACCAAUGCUGUCCAUGAUGGCGAUAUCUCGACCGCAAUCUACUUAGUCAAUGCUGUCUAUCCUGACAUUCUCGACUCCAAUCCACAAUUGUAUUUUCAUUUACAGCAACAAAAGUUAAUCGAAUUGAUACGAAAGAAAGACAUCGAAACAGCGCUAGACUUUGCUCAAACUCACUUAGCUGAUCGCGGGAUAGAAAAUCCACAAUUUUUAGAAGAAUUAGAACGAACCAUGGCUUUGCUGGCAUUUGAAGAACCAGAAUCAUCAUCCUUUUCUGAUUUAUUAAACUCAUCUCAACGUCAAAAAGUAGCUAGUGAGUUAAAUGCGGCCAUCUUAGAGGAAGAAGACUGCAAUUCUUCCACAAAAGUAGCUGAAUUAAUCAAAUUAUUAGUAUGGUCACAACGUGAAUUAGACAAAAGUAAAGUCAAAUAUGACAGAAUGACUGAUAUUGCUCGAGGCCUCAUCUCAACCCAAAGUGAAUAA